AUGGCCAUGACGCCUAAUUUCUGCUAUCCGCCCACUCUUUUAUGGGCCCAAGCUAUCUCUGUCUCGCUUAGCAGAGGUGGGCUUCGUGUUUCCUCUUAUCGGGCCGCUGUUCAUCUCGCAAGCUCUACUUUGGGAGGCAAGCAGAGUUGGAAGGAAGCUCACUGGAAGAGCUUUUCGGUCGGCUUCGUCGAAUGGCUCCAUUACUUCAUGGUGGCUGUCUGUCAUUGCAAAUGCAAUGCUCCUGAUCGACAUACACUAUCGCCUAAUACGGCUAAACAUGAGGCAAAAGGAUACAAAAUGUAUGCCAUGUUCAAGCCGAGCUUUCGUCAUUUCAGCAUGCCUUGGCCAAAGUGUAACUGCAUCCAGGCCCCUCACAUAUCCGCAUGA